CUGCAUAAACUCCCGCUCACCUCAACUCCUUCCUCGCCACUUGCCCACAGCUUCCGCACGCACGCUCCUCAAUUCUUCAAAUCGACCCUACCUAUAGCAUUACCCGCUCCUGCCGCUCGUACACCUUUACUAUCAGUCUACCCCCUGGCGAGCCUACAGAAACGAUCCCUGGGAAGCCCUAGUCAAAAUGCCUGAAUUCGAAGCCAAAGUCAAGAGCGUCCUCUCUGGCGACACCGUUGUCCUCCAUAAUAUCAACAACCCGAAACAAGAGCGCACGCUCAGCCUUGCUUUUGUCUCUGCGCCUAGACUACGGAGGGAGGGUGAUGAGCCCCACGCCUUCGAGUCCCGCGACUUCCUCCGCAACCAGCUCGUGGGCAGAUUCGUCCACUUCAAAGUCCUAUACAAGAUUCCCACUGGCGCGAACCGCGAAUAUGGCGUCGUAAAGCUGCCAAACAAUGUUCAAUUCCCCGACGUCUGCGUGGAAAAAGGCUGGGUCAAGCUCCGCGACGAUGCUGGCCGGAAAGACGAUUCCGAAGAGUCGGCCGCCAUCCUUGAGAGGCUUGAGAUGCUCGAGGCGCGAGCGAAAGCAGAAUCAGAGGGUGUAUGGGGAGAGGGUUCCGGCAAAAUAGACUGCGAGUUCGAGCUCUCCGACCCGAAAGCAUUCGUGGAGAAAUACAAGGGGGCGAAGGUGGAUGGUAUCGUCGAAAAGGUCCUGUCAGGCGACCGCUUGAUAGUUCGACUCAAACUCUCGCCUACAAAACAUGCGCAGACCAUGCUACUCAUUGCUGGCAUCCGCGCACCCUCGACUAAGCGCACCAAUCCGUCAGACGGCAAAGAGCAACCCGCGGAACCGUUUGGCGAGGAGGCGCAGCAGUUCGUCGAGAUCCGGCUGUUACAGCGGAACGUUUUCAUCACCCCCCUGGGCGUCAGCCCCAACGGCCAACUUGUGGCAAAUGUGAAGCACCACAUCCAAGGAAGUAUCACGCCGUUUUUGCUAAAGGAAGGACUUGCGCGUUGUACCGAUCAUCAUUCCACAUUACUCGGGGCAGAGAUGGGCGAACUACGUGCAGCGGAGAAAGAGGCCAGGGACAACCGGAAGGGCCAGUUCCAGGGCAUUGCCGCUCCCAAAGCAUCUACGGGCGCUGAAAACGAGUCCGUAGUCAGCAGAGUUCAGAGCGCAGACACACUCUGGCUCCGGAACAAGGCUGGCGACGAGAAGCGUAUCAAUCUUAGCAGUGUGAGGCAACCAAAGCCAUCAGAUCCCAAACAAUCGCCUUGGGGCGCCGAGGCCAAGGAAUUCCUGCGGAAGAAGCUGAUUGGCAAGCAUGUUAAGUUUGCCAUCAACGGAAAGAGGCCGGCGACGGACGGCUUCGAAGCGCGUGAGAUGGCCACGGUUACUCUGAACGGGAAGAACAUUGGCCUGACUCUCGUGGAAAGCGGGUAUGCCUCUGUCAUUCGGCAUCGCCAGGACGAUACGGACCGCAGCCCCAUCUACGAUGACCUAAUUCAAGCCGAAGCGGAGGCGCAAGCGGCAGGUAAGGGCAUGUGGAACACAAAGGCACCUGCUGCCAAGCAGUUCGUGGACUAUUCGGAAAGCUUGGAGAAAGCAAAGCGGCAGCUAUCACUCCUCUCACGCCAACACAAGGUCCCUGCCAUUGUUGACUUCGUUAAAUCCGCAUCCCGCUUCACGGUUCUAGUUCCCCGAGAGAACGCCAAACUCACCUUCGUCCUGUCUGGUAUUCGUGCCCCUCGAUCUGCUCGGAAUGAUACGGAGAAAAGUGAGCCAUUCGGUAAGGAGGCUCACGAAUUCGCCAAUAGGCGGACUCUCCAGCGCGACUGCGAAAUCGACGUCGAGGACUGCGACAAGAACGGCGGUUUCAUCGGCACCCUAUACAUCAACCGCGAAAACUUCGCAAAAGUACUGGUAGAGGAGGGUCUCGCAACCGUCCACGCCUACUCCGCCGAGAAAUCGGGCAACGCCAACGAGCUCUUCGCUGCGGAGCAGAAAGCCAAAGACGCCCGCAAAAACCUCUGGGCCGACUACGACCCCUCGGCCGAAAACGACGACGACGACGCUGCCGCCGGCGCAGCUACCAACGGCCACGGCACCAACGGAGACGCCGCCGCCCCCGCCGCGCGCGCAAAGGACUACCGCGACGUCGUCAUCACGCACGUCGACGAGACGGGCCGCCUGAAGCUACAACAAAUCGGCACGGGCACCGCCGCCCUCGUCGAGCUCAGCUCCGCCUUCCGCACCUUCCACAAGAACCCGGCCAACAACACGCCCCUGGCCGGCCCCCCCAAAGCCGGCGACUUCGUGUCCGCGCGCUUCUCGGCCGACGACGAGUGGUACCGCGCGCGCAUCCGGCGCAACGACCGCGAGCACAAGACGGCCGAGGUGGUGUACGUGGAUUUCGGCAACGCGGAGACGAUCCCAUGGUCUGAACUACGCGCGCUGCCGGCGCAGUUUGGCGCGCAGAAGCUGAAGCCGCAGGCCGUGGACGCGCAGCUCUCGUUUGUCAGCCUGCCGGCCAGCGCGGAGUAUCUGGCGGAGUUUGUGGCGUGGUUUGCGCGCGAGACGGCGGAUCGGCAGCUGGUCGCGAAUGUGGAUGCCGUCGAGAGGGAUGGCGGGGGGUUGUGGGUUACGCUGUUUGAUCCGAAGAGGAGUGAGAGUGGGGCCGAGAGCUUGAAUGCGGAUGCGGUCGGGGAGGGGUUGGCCCUGGUGGAGAGGAAGUUGAGGGCGUGGGAGAAGGCGGAUAGGGGGGUGUUGGAAGGGUUGAGGAGGCGGGAGGAGGAGGCGAAGGAGGGGCGGAGGGGGGUGUGGGAGUAUGGGGAUUUGACGGAGGAGUAG